GGGGUAGGGGGAGGGACUUGGGGGGGACGCGUCCAACUGCGAUGCUGGCGGGGGCAGCCUCGUUCUUCCAAUCCCUCCAUGUGUAAAGAGGUCGGAUGGGGCGCCGCUGGGAGAAAAGAGAGGUUAGUCUAGGACAAGCGUCCGGCAAUCUCGAACCCAAUAAUGUGACAAGAAGCCUCGAAAGGCCUCCUUCCUCCUUUUUCCUACUUUCCCACCCUCAGCCCCAAAGGAAUGGAAAAGGCGGAGGCUCCAGGCCGCGCUCAAGGAGGGGCGCGGGGCGGUGCACGGAGAAGAAAUCUCGCGAUAGGAGAGCAGCGGGGCGGAGGUGGCACCUCUGCCCUCCUCCUUCUCCUCCCCGCGUUAGUUCCGGUCGCAGAGGAGAGACCGCCGCAGUUGCCGCCACAUCGGGGAUUUCUGGCUCUUUUCUCUUCGCCUUAAAUUCGGGUGUCUUUUAUGAAUAAUCAAAAGCAGCAAAAGCCAACGCUAUCAGGCCAGCGUUUUAAAACCAGAAAAAGAGAUGAAAAAGAGAGGUUUGACCCUACUCAGUUUCAAGACUGUAUUAUUCAAGGCUUAACUGAAACUGGUACUGAUUUGGAAGCAGUAGCUAAAUUUCUUGAUGCUUCUGGAGCAAAACUUGAUUACCGUCGAUAUGCAGAAACACUCUUUGACAUUCUGGUGGCUGGUGGAAUGCUGGCCCCAGGUGGUACAUUGGCAGAUGACAUGAUGCGUACAGAUGUCUGCGUGUUUGCAGCACAAGAAGACCUAGAGACCAUGCAAGCGUUUGCUCAGGUUUUUAACAAGUUAAUCAGGCGCUACAAAUACCUGGAGAAAGGUUUUGAAGAUGAAGUAAAAAAGCUGCUGCUGUUCUUAAAGGGUUUUUCGGAGUCGGAGAGGAACAAGCUGGCUAUGUUGACUGGCGUUCUUCUGGCUAAUGGAACACUUAAUGCAUCCAUUCUCAAUAGCCUUUAUAAUGAGAAUCUGGUUAAAGAAGGGGUUUCAGCAGCUUUUGCUGUAAAGCUCUUUAAAUCAUGGAUAAACGAAAAAGAUAUCAAUGCAGUAGCUGCAAGUCUUCGGAAAGUCAGCAUGGAUAACAGACUGAUGGAACUCUUUCCUGCCAAUAAGCAAAGCGUUGAACACUUCACAAAGUAUUUCACUGAAGCAGGCUUGAAAGAGCUUUCAGAGUAUGUUCGGAAUCAGCAAACCAUAGGAGCUCGGAAGGAGCUCCAGAAGGAACUUCAAGAACAGAUGUCCCGUGGUGAUCCAUUCAAGGAUAUCAUUUUAUAUGUCAAGGAGGAGAUGAAAAAAAACAACAUCCCAGAACCAGUUGUCAUUGGAAUAGUCUGGUCAAGUGUAAUGAGCACCGUGGAAUGGAACAAAAAAGAGGAGCUUGUAGCAGAGCAAGCCAUCAAGCACUUGAAGCAAUACAGCCCUCUACUUGCUGCCUUUACUACUCAAGGUCAGUCUGAGCUGACUCUGUUACUGAAGAUUCAGGAGUAUUGCUAUGACAACAUUCAUUUCAUGAAAGCCUUCCAGAAAAUAGUGGUGCUUUUUUAUAAAGCUGAAGUCCUGAGUGAAGAGCCCAUUCUGAAGUGGUAUAAAGAUGCACAUGUUGCAAAGGGGAAAAGUGUCUUCCUUGAGCAAAUGAAAAAGUUUGUAGAGUGGCUCAAAAAUGCUGAAGAAGAAUCUGAGUCUGAAGGUGAAGAAGGUGACUGAAUUUUGAAACUACACCCUCAGUAAAGCAAACAGGAGUUGUAGAUAAAAUGUCAUGUCUCAUGUGUCCUGGUUCUUACAUCUUCCUACCUCCCUAUAUCAAGCAUGAUAUAAGGGCUUUCAUGGCAAAUUUUAUUUUAACUGUUUCUAUGGUUACUGGAAAUGUUGGGUUUAGUUUCUAAAACCAUGUUUUAAGUAGCUGCAGGAGCUAUAGAUUUGAAUCUAAUGUUGCAUUAGUUUUUUCAGUUAUCUUCUACCUCCUGUAUUUUCUACUGUAAUAAUGUAAUUUAAGGCCUUCCACAAUGAACAGUUCACUUUAUUCCCUGGGUUUUCUAUAAACAGUUUUCAAGAUAUGAUUUGGUUAAAAAUAAUUUGUUAUAAAAAUUCUGUUUGCAAAUUAAACUGUAAAAGUAUCCAAAGUCUCAAAAGGCAAUGGUUUGUGUGAUAAUUUGGUAUGCCCAGAGCCCUAAUCAUCAAUGAAAAUCUCAUCUACAGUAAUUGAAUUCAUUAACAUGAAUCUUAAGUAUUUAGACCAUUGCUUGCAUGUUAACAUUUUUUUUUUGCCUUUUUAACCCCAGAUGUCCUUAAGCUCAUUGGUUUGAUAUGGUUUUCAUCCUUAGUGAAGCCAUGGAGAGCAAACUUCAAAAGUUGGAGAAAUCAAAUGUGGUAGAGGUGGUGGAAAGAACAUUGAGCUUUUUCCUAUUGAGAAACUUCUGUAUUCAAUUUGUAUAUUUCCAGGCAGAGAAAAUGAGUAUUCUUUUAAUACAACCAUUUUCAAAUGUACCUGGAAAAGUCUUAUCAUUUAAAAUAUUUUAUGUUCAGAAUAUGCUUAGAUUGAUAGGAAAGGACUCAUAAAGAAAUUGGAGCAAAGGAAAUGACAGGUGUAUGUAUAAACCCUGUAAAAAUUGUUGAAAGUGUUGAGUCAGCAUGUUCUAAUUGGGAAUCUAGCUGUAACUUAGAUUUCCUGUUGGCUUAGAGAAUUUAUAAAGAAUGAAGUGCAAUGAUAAUUACAUAUUCCUACUUGGUCAUACCGGACUAGCUUCAUUCUCUUAAAAUACUCAGUAAUAACUCAAGCAUCUGGCUAUUAACAUAUACCCUAGAUGCCAUUUUUUAAUUGCCAUGAGCCAAAUACUUCUCCUAUACAAUUGAUCCAUUUAUUUUAAUUGCUGCCUUUCAAUUUUCAUCUUCCUUUUCUUGCUGCUACCCAUCUAUGUAUGUAGACAUUAGAGAGGAAAAAAUGUAGUCAGAUUUUUUGAUGGAAAGACUUUGUGUUAAAAGUGAACAUUUUGAAGGUUUUUUAAUUGGUGAGAGAAACUAGCCUGGAAUAAUGCUACCAGAAACUUAGUGGAAAUUGCCCCUUUUGAAGGUGCCAUUCUUAUGAGCCAAGAGUUUGGUGUUUAAAAGUUCAUCUUGAGGGAAUAACGUGUAAUAUAAUUUGAAAUAAAGGUAUAGUAACCUUUAAAAAAGAGCAUUAUAACUGAUAACAUUGUGAAUGGGGUGAAUUUGUUAAAUGAAUAACUUUGAUAAAAGUUUUCGUGCACAGGCAAAAUGUAUUCACUAGAUUUCUAUGUAGUGAUCUGCUUUUACUUUGUAAUUUGUAGUCCUUGAAAGACUUUUUUUUAAAAUAAAGUCCAUCCUUACACUUA